CCGUCGCGAAAAGUCAACUUUUGCGACGGCAUGUGCUACGACUAUUUUACCGUCGCAUCUCGAAGAAUUUUUGCAACGGAAAUAACCUUACCGUCGCAUAAUUAUACAUCUAUUGCGACGGUAUGGUCACGCCGUCGCUUGUAUAAUUAAAAAAAAAAAUCAGAAAACAAGACUAUUCAAUCCUUUAGAUCAGAUCUAGACCAAAACUGAUUUUCUUUCGCAUGCCACUUCCUCCUCUCUCUCUCUCUCGCUUUAUUCACCGAUCUCAAAACUUAACCUAGCGAUCCCUGGCCUCCUUUGAAGCAAGAGAUUUGGUGAGAAGCGGAGCAGAUCGAGCUUCAUUGACGACAUGACCGAGGAGGACGAGGAGGAGGAAGAGGAGGACGACGACGAUGAUGAAUACGGCCCCUAUCGUGGCGGCAGCGGCGGGAGUCGUAAGCGGAGCAAGAAGAGGCCCUUCGGUGGAUUUUCUUGAUCUCGAAGCGGUGGUCGAUUCAGAUGAGGAGGGAGGUAGAGGAGCAGCUGCAAUCCAAAGUCACAACAAAGUGUUUUUUUGAUAUAGACAUUGGCGGUGAAGCUGUUGGUCUAGUUGUGAUUGGUCUUUUUGGUGAGGUUGUUCCUAAAACAGUAGAGAAUUUCCGAGCUCUGUGCACAGGAGAGAAAGGAUAUGGUUAUAAAAGAUGCUCGUUCCACCGCAUCAUUAAGGAUUUUAUGAUCCAAGGAGGGGAUUUCACUGAAGGAGAUGGAACUGGAGGGAUCAGUAUCUAUGGUUCCAAAUUUGAUGAUGAGAGCUUUGCUUUGAAGCAUGUUGGGCCUGGUGUAUUGAGCAUGGCUAAUGCAGGCCCUGGUACUAAUGGGAGUCAGUUUUUAAUCGGCACAGUAAAGAGUUUUACACUAUUGGUUUCAAUGGCUUACAAGUUUUUGCUGCCAGGUUGACUGAUCAGCAAGCUUUCCAAAUUUCAAAGAUGCCUGGAGUUGUUUCGGUUUUUCCCAACUCGAAAAGGAGUUUGCACACCACUCAUUCUUGGGAUUUCAUGGGUCUUUUGGGUGAACAGACCUUGGAGGUUUCCGGCUUUAACAUCAAGAAUUAAGUAAAUGUCAUUGUCGGUUUCAUUGAUACUGGAAUUUGGCCUGAAUCUCCAAGUUUUAAUGAUGACAACAUGCCUCCAGUGCCAGCUAGAUGGAAGGGGGUUUGUCAAUCAGGAGAGGCAUUCAAUGCUUCAACUUGCAACAGAAAAGUGAUUGGGGCUACUAUAAGUCCGGUUAUGAAGCCGAGGAAGAUUCAGCGGACACAGUGGCAUUCAGUUCUCCAAGGGACAGUGCCGGUCAUGGCAGCCACACAGCCUCUAUAGCUGCUGGUCGUUAUGUGUCAAACAUGACUUAUAAGGGCUGUAGCCACCUUUGGUUGAUUUAACAGAAAUCCAAAUUCUUACAAGUUGUUUUAAAUGUCAUCUUACUUUUCCUUUUCCUUUAUAAUGUUGAACAAUGAUCUUGGAUCUACAGCUCAAGGCAUGGCUUGAGGAUGGAAAAGAUAUCCGUCUAGGGGACUGGAAAGCUGCUGAUGUCGAGAUCCUGAAUACCUUUCAAUUGCUAACAGCUAAGCCUGUUGUUUACUUGGUGAAAUGCUGGCAAAUUAGGCGGCUUUCAAAGGCUCCUCAAGCUGCAGGGACCAUCCAUACUGAUUUUGAGAGAGGAUUCAUUUGUGCUGAGGACUCUUAUGAGUAUCUAUUUAAAGAGCUGAGCAAGUACAAAUGGAUCAUUCUCAGGCUAUAAUUAAAGAGUCGGUGUAUGAAAAGCAAUUGGAUAGGCAAGGAAUGGAUGACUUGAUGAAGCAAGAUGAGCUAGAAGUUGAAAGAAAGUUGAGAAAGCUUUGGCUGAUCUUUGUUUUUUAACAACCUUUGGUUGGUCUGAGAAUUGUGAUUGUUGGUGGGUUAUAGAUGUGAUG